UGGUUUGCGCAUGAGUAACUUUGGGAGGAGGGUGGUCAAAGUUCCAGGUACAAAGUCAACAAACAGCCACAGUCUUAAGAUGAAGGAACCUACCACCACCUGCUCUUAUCACCAGCUCUAUCAAAAUGUGAAACAAUAUUCAAAAAAUGGGGAAUACUUCUGCAAAGAGCUCAUGUCCGUUUUCCAGCAAAGGGCAGAGUUGGAGCUUACUUACUCCAAAGGCCUACAAAAACUCGCGGGCAAACUGAUCAGGGCCUCCAAAGGAAUGUCAAACAAUUCCACCCACAGUGCCUGGUGUCAUGUGUCAGAUGAGAUGUACUCAAGAGCAGACGCCCACAGAUCAGUAGGAAAUGCAUUUCAGCAGGAAGCAAUUCUGGAAAUACGACAAGUCUUAGACGAGCAUAAUAAGAGGAAGAGGCCUCUUGACAGUGCCAUUGAAAGAACCGGAAAGCUUGUUACUGCUAACUGGAGUGAGCAACUGAAGAUCAAAAAGAAAUUAAUUGGACUAACAAGAGAACACGAGGCUCUGUUCAACUUUGUUGAAAACAACAAACACAUCUCCACUGAGAAAGAAAAACAGAAGAUGCUUAACAGGCUGACUAAGUCAGCAGAGAUGCAGGCGCGGGUGGAUGAGGAGUACUUUAAUAUCAACAUGGAGGGUCAUCAGAUGAGACUCAAGUGGGAAAACACAUUGAAAAACUGCUACCAGAUCAUACAGGAGCUGGAGAAGCAACGGAUUGAACUUCUAGGCAACAUCCUGAAAAGAUACAACCUCCAAAUGUACAGCUUUGGACAGACCCUCAAACACGGCCAAACACAGAUAGAACAGGCGGUCCAAAGGGUGGACACUGAUAAAGACAUACAAGCCCUGGUAGAAGAGAACAGAAACACCACUGAAGAUCACAAAGCCGAGUUUUUAAUGGCUGAUUAUUUCGAGGAAGACAGCAAAUCAUUCAUGGACAAAGACAGAAGAAGAGAGGCAAUCAAGCUUAAACUUCAGCGCCUCGACGAGAAUAUUACGAAAACAAAGAAAGACUGUGAAGGAAUUCAAACACUUAUGAAAACAUACUCUGAAAAUCCAUCUUUUUCCAACCAAAAGAACCUUGAGGAAACCGAGCAGCAGCUUGAUGAGAAUACUCUAAAACUGGAUCUCCUGGAGGCUACUCACUACAAACUCUCUACAUCGCUGUCUGAAUUAGAAGGGAAACCCAAGUCCCAUCACCGGUUCAGUGACAGUAUUCUGAAAUGGAAGGACAAGGACUGUGAACAUAGUCUAGUUCAGCUGACUCGUCCAGUCAGACUCAGGAGGACACCCUUCAGAUCCCGACAGUCACUGAGAGCUUCCAUCAUUUACAAAGGACCACCUCUGUUUGUGGCACAGCAGUCUGUGGAUCCUUCAAAAAAUGCCACUGACCAGGUCAGUUCUACAAGCACAACACAGGAAAGUCAAACUGCAGAGAGUGGCAGCACUGUUAAUGGAGUCUUGGAGCCUCACACGGAAGAGGACAAAGGACAAGCAGAUAAAACAACCCCAGAGUUGUGCAGUAUAGGAAAAUGCAAGGCCAUUUACAACUUCACCCCUGAGCACGAUGAUGAACUGGCUCUGAACGAAGGAGAUCUACUAGACAUUUAUUCCAAGGAAGAAAACGGCUGGUGGUUUGGCAUGCUGAACGGGCAGACGGGCCAUUUCCCAUCAACCUAUGUUGAAGAGCUACCUCGGUUAAGCAGCAUUAAAUCAUCUGAUGCCUGACCGACCCUGAAUCAAAUUCUAACCACAGCGAUGCCAAACAUUCAAUAGAAACUUAGUCUGGAAGGAACAAUAUCUGUGUAUGCACUGAUUUGAAUUUGGUUAAUUAUUCA